AUACAGCACGGGUUAAUAUCAUUGUACCGUCGCGUUGUAUUCGAACUUGAAAACCUGUUGUAAAGACCUCCAUGACAGGAACAUAUUUUGAAUUUGAAAUCAAUUAUUUUCCAAUUAGGCAAGCGAAGAUGAAAGCCACGACUAUUUUUCUUCUGCUGCUGUCAUGGGUUGCAUUCGGUUCAGCUCAGACUACUUCGACAGUCGGUUCAUCUCCCGGUGUUUCAAGUGAUGCGAAUACGGUAAUUCCAGUUACCGGUUCAACUGGUAUGACUACGGCUAACGCUUCAACUGGUAUGACUACGGCUAACGUCACGGAGCUCGAGACCACCGCUGGCCUUAACUCAACAACAACGCUACAGCCGACUUCUACCACCACUCCAGAACCAACUGCUUGUACUUUUGCUACAUGGACUGUUUAUGAUAAUGGAAGUGUUUGCAUGAAAAUGUCCUUCGGUGGAACUAUUACAUAUGAAUACAGCGAAAAUAAUGAAACGACAGUGGACAUACCAAAAGUAGCAACAUCUCGCAAUUCAAUUUGCACUGAGAAUAGUUCUAUAUUCGUGAUGUCUUUUCCUUCUGAUGAUGAUAUCUGGCAGCUCCAACUUCACUUCGACAUAGAGGGCAGCAAAUAUCAUUUAGAUAAAGUCGUGUUUGAUUUGAUGACAACGGAAGGUGAAAUCAUCGAUACUCUGAAUGUUACAGGGGAAUUUUUCUCUGUUCCUCUUGGGGAGCAUUAUGUGUGUGAUAGGUUAUCAUUUGAUCUCGGCACUGCUAUGAUAGAGCUAUCUUCGCCCCUCUUCCAACCAUUUGUCGAACACACUACGGAUGGUUGCGGUCAAGCUCAUGAGUGUGAUGAUGAUGAUGAUCCAAACGUUGGCCUCAUCGUUGGUUGUUGUGUCGCGGGAGUUGCAGCGGUAGUUUUAGGGGGGUUCACAAUCUAUCUUAUCAAGAACCGCAAGAAGGAUAGCUACGAUAACAUAUAAGUUUUAUAUUUCAGCUUUAUUUCUGCUCUCGAAGAUAAAUACCAACAAAUCAGUAUGAGCAAUUGAACAUUUGCAAAUAUGAUUUUAAUGAACUUACCAAACAAGACAGAAAUCAAUGAAAUCAACGUUUAUAUUUGAAAAAGAAACAUGAACUCUGGAAGACGUCAUCAUUGUGAUCAGGAACGAUCAACAUUGAGAUUAAAUCGAUUGCGCAGAUAUUCAAGGAAGAAAAAUGCGUUGAACUUUAAAUUAAUACACACGAUAUGAUUCAAAGAAAUGGGCUUGUUAACGAGGUGAUUUACAUGGUAUACAAAAUAGUGAAUGUUUUUUUCAUUUGUGCAAUGGACAGAAUACUUCGUUGGGCAUGUUGGGUGAAAGGUAAAACGCAUAAUCCAUUCAAUACGGCUACGCCUCGUUGAAUGGAUCAUUUUCAUCUUUCACCUCAUGAAGUAUUAUGUACAUUGCACUCAUAAACAUUCAUUAUUUGUAUACUGGUUUUUAAGGGUUUGCAAUAUGCUUAAAAUACAUUCCAUUCUAUUGUAAUAUCGUAAUGUUAUGUCGUUCAUAUAAUAUAAAUAUUGGCGUAGAACAGUUUAGUUCAAUGUAUUCAGUUCAUAUUAGGGUUGCUAGUUUUAAACUAAUAUUAACAUUUUAGACAGUUUGCAUUCUUUUAUAAUGUAUAUCAUAUUGGAAUAUUGUAUGCUAGUAAUAUAAACGUAGAACAGAUUAGAUCGAUGUAUACAUUCAUAUUAGGUUUUGAAGGUUUUAAACUAUCAUUAACAUUUUAGGCACUUCAUUUUUCAUAAUGUAUAUCGCAUUGAAAUAUUAUACGCUGUAAAACAGGUUUAGUUCAGUGUUAGGUAUCGUAGAAUCUAAGGCUUUUUAAAAUGUAUGUCACCAGAUCGAAAUAUUCUACGCUAGUGCUGUUAUAUUUUUUUCAUUUGGAUUUGUUGACUACACUAUAAAAAUAUUGGGUAAAAUUUUAACCAGCACGAGGGUAAUUAUGAUUGUGUCUAACCAAUUUGGGGCAGUAUUUUACCCAAUGCCGGAACCACACUGUCCAGUCAGGUUAAAAAUAUAAGCAGCAAUUACUUUAGAAUGGGCAAAAUUUCCAUCACACAGGAUAAAUAAAAAUGCCCAAAAGAAAUGCCCAAUGUUUGUUGGACACAUAAUUACCCUCAUGGAGCACUUUUACCCAAUAUCUUUUAAGACUAGCAUCAUGGUUAUCACAAAGAAAUUAUGAAAGAAAAACAAAAUAGUUUGUUAUGUUUGGAGACUUUAAAAAAAUUGUACUUCAUACAUGUUAGUAC